CUGUCAAAUUUUGACAUUUUGCCGUUUGCUCUCUACAAACUGCAGAAAAUCCGACAAGUUUCACACCGCAAGUCAAGUGUAUUUUUUUUUCCAUUUCCCCAAAAAAAAUAAAGGAUUUUCUCAACAAAAAUCAUUUAAUUUCAAAUACAAAAAGUGCCCCCAGGUGUUGAGUGAAUUAUGAAGCGAAAAUAAAUCCAAAAAAUCUCGCGCAAUAAUUUUGCGAAAACAACCUUAAAGAAAAUACAAAAAAAAAGCAAUAUAUCCAAGUAGUGCCAUUCAGAGAAUCUAUCUAUAAAUUUUUUUAAGUUAUGUAUUAAGUGAAGAAGAAAGAAGACCCCACCGCCACAGGAGUCCCAUAGCCACAUAGUAUAUAUAUAAUUUUUCAUUUAAUUAGUGUAACCUUUGUAUCCAUAGAAUUCAUUCAAAUAAAAACAAUCACAAUAAAAAAAAAGUGCAAUUUUUCAAUUAAAUUUUAUUGAAAUCGAGGCUUAGUAAAAACUAUCAAGGUUUCCGCUUCAAUGAGCAUCACAUUACAAUGGUCGUAUCGUCCGAACAAAAGACUAGCUCCACCUGCAACCAAACAACGACGACCAAAACCAACAAAUCAACAACAGACAAUCCCAGUUAUGGAUUUUCGACUAAAGCAGCGCUGGCUCGACUCCACGAUGAAAUCUUUCAAGUUGUCCUUUGCUAUGAAUCCAAAUACAAUCAGGAGAGCUUAUACCGCAAAAUCCGAUCGGCUUUCGUUAAGCGCUACGACAGCCCUUUGGGAUGGUUCGCCAUAGUCACCUCAAUUAUCACCACCGUUGGACUGUUCGUAGCUCAAGACUAUAUAGCUGGUGUUCUACUAGCCCUCAUUCUAGCAUUUGAUCUUUUUCUUGUCGUUAGAGAAAACAACCUUCGACGUACAGAAAUCUUCCGAAAGACAAGAAAAGUUCUCAAUGAAAUCAAAUUGGCCGAAGAAGAGCUCUGUGCCGAAUGGGAACCCAAAAACUACCCACACGUCUGCUGUCCAAUAUCGCCUUGUGUUUCAUUGCAAUGGACAUAUCGUGAUGGUGUUAUUGUCAACCUACCAUGGGCUUUACUAGUUAAAGGUGAUCAUAUUGUAUUACGUCCCGGGCACACUACACCUGGGCCAUGUUGUGAGUUAGAGGGUAAAAAAACAUUCAAAGCAAACGAUUUGUAUGGUGUAGCCCAGUUCCAAGAACCCCCACUCAAACCUUUGGCGAGAACACCAUUGCCAGAUAUAAUAUGCUGCCUAGAAAACACUCCAUUUUUGGAGAAUUUGAAAAUCAUCCUAGAAGAUUCAUUAAAACGACCACCAACUAUUUACAAUCAACAAAGAUAUUUGCUUGCCACCAAGUAUAUUCAACAAUGGGGCUUCAUUCUAAGUGCUGGAAUCACUUUUUUGGCCGGUAUUUUAAGAAUGUAUGGUUUGGGAUUGGGAGAAAAUCCCAGCCACAAUUGGCAGCAAUUCUUCGUUGAGUCACCAGUUGGAGCUGUAAUUCCACUUCUGCCACUUUUCUUCCCCAUCAUGUGGAUUUCUAUGAAUCUCUGGGGUGUAGCUCGACUGCAAGCGUUUCUACGAACGCCACAACUCCUAAUAGCCAAAGAUUCUGAGAAAUCAUACGAAGGUGAUCUCGACACACCGACAUAUGACUACGAGAGUAUAUCACUCUUAAGAUCCAAUGUAUUUCGAAAUUGGUUACAAUUAUGGAAUGGAGAGAGUGAACUACUUCCACGAAGUGCUAAUGUUGUUCAAGUACUUGGCUCCAUUACAGCUUUGUGUUGUGUUGACAAGAAAGGUAUUCUAUCGUGGCCAAAUCCAACUGCGGAAAAAGUCUUCUUCCUCCAUGACACCCAAGACGAUCCUACCGAUGGUUACCAAUCGAGUAAUGAAUCAGACAGUAUGCACAACAAUCAAGAGAAUAAAGAUGGUGGAAUUGUUGCCGAGGUAUUGGAUUUAACACACGAUCAACAUUGUCCAUUUCGAUUGGAGUUUGACGACCACGAAUGGAAAACGCACAUUAAAUCUUUAAAACCAUUAGGUCUAGCGAUUUUACUCAAUACAUGCAGCCCAUCAACGCAUGCACAUUAUGGACAAUUUUGUGGACACGUGACUGCUGUUGCAAUGUUGGAUAAGGAUCUAGUGCCUGUAACAAAUCGGUAUGCGAUCGUUGAGUCCAGUUUGAAUUCCUUAUUGCAUGGACGCUGCCUUUGUGAAUUGGCAAAGCAAAUUGGAUUCACUGACCAUGCCUGUGACCGUUUCUCAUUGGAAGGACAAUUGGCUACUUAUAGGCAUUUACAACCUGAUGUUGUGCGUCGUGACAUCCGUUUCGCUCGGCAACUCCAACUUACUUCCAAAGUUAAAGUACCUUUUCCCCACUCACUCUCAGUUGUAAUGCGAGAAAAUCCCGGAGGCUAUUUAUCACUCUUCACCCAAGGCACUGCCGACAUAAUCCUCGAUUACUGUGAUGACUUCUGGGAUGGCAAAGAUCUACGAACACUAAGCCAACACGAUCGCAAACGCGCUCAAGACUUCUAUCAGCGUAGUGCUCUAACAGCAUACUGCACAGCGUUCGCCUAUCGUCCUUUGCGUCAUGGCAUCAUCGGAGCUCUGAGCGGUGCACAAAAUGAUAAUAUCGCUUACCUAGAAUUGCCGCCAGAGUCCAAGUAUCGGAUGGCACAUGUCGACAAGUCGCACUGUGAUUUCGAGGGACACACCAAAUUAAGUCACUCGAUCAGUACGGACUCGUUGCUAUUCUCCGAAACCAAAGACGAUCACGAUAUCAACGAUGUGAACGGCUGUUUCGAGAUGCAGUGCCAUCAGGUGUUCAUCGGUAUGGUGACCAUGCAGUAUCAGGCGCAGACGGACAUUGUGCAGUUGGUGGAGCAGCUGGAACGGGCGUGCAUACGCUUUGUUCAUUUUAGUAAAGAGAAUGAGCUGCGAUCGAGAGUGUUCUCGGAGAAGAUGGGUCUCGAAUCGGGUUGGAAUUGUCACAUAUCAUUAUUGAGCGAAGAUCCAAAUCAAUCGAGUCCACAUUCGCCCAAGAAUUCCGGAAAAUUUGAAUUUACUGUUAAUUCAGUUAAGACGAAUCCUGAACAACGAUUAUCUGGAGGAACAGCGGAACUCAAUUGCCUUUUGCAACCUCUCAAUUUGGAAUCAUCAAAAACUCUUAGUUCAUCAGCACCAGGGGCUAUUUCUAAUCAUGACUAUAAUAUGUUGAAUUUGAACUCGGAUCGAGGGUCGAAUGAGUCUAUUAACAUGGACAACUCUGUCGAACAUCAACGAUCACAAGAUUCGGCAAUGGAUGAACCUGGACGAUCUAUGAGUAUUCUCACAGAUAGCACCGAACAAAGUGCUCCCAUUCACUUUGAUAUGUCGAAUCGAGCAAAACUACCGCGAGGCAUCGAAAAUAUUCGCCCCCAUUUGGAGCAAGUCGACAAUGUCCCACUUCAGGUUUCCCUUUUUACAGAUUGUUCCGCAGAGGCUACCCGCGAGAUGUUAAGUAUAAUGCAGUCCUAUGGCGAAAUUGUCGUAUGUCUAGGUUCCAGUGCAAGCAAUGCGAAUGCUGAAAUAUUCCUUCAAGCCGAUUGCAGUAUUGCCGUGGAACCUCUAUAUCCACAAGUCUGCCAAUCCAUUGAUGCAUUCACAGAAACCAAUAUUCUAAACAACAAACUUAGACUUAUGAAAUUGAAAAACUAUUCAAGUAGCAACCUAUCUAGGCAACAGCAUUCUGCGUCCCUGGAACUGUUGGAAGGCGCCGAUGCACGUCCCAUGCAGUCACAGGGACACACUGUAUCACCGAUCUAUAUCAGUAGAUUGCUCAACUCACUGCCAUGUUCGAUAUCAGUGAGUCGAGACGAUCCACUGUCGACGGUGGCUCUGAUAGAAUUGUCAAGACGUUUCUCAUCGGGACUUUGGAAUUGUAUACAAUAUUGGGCAUGCUGUGCUGGAACUUUAUCAGUUAUAAAUAUUUUAAGUGCCUGUUUAUCGCUGCCACCUAUACUAACACCGUUAUCUUUGAUUUAUUUGAUGUGUCUGCCAGUGCCGAUGAUAUCUGUGUCAUUGGCACAUAUAGAUGCCGAUUCGAAGACUAUGAAUCGGGCCACUGCCAAAAAACAAACGGAAUAUGAUUCGAAGGUGUUUGGAUUUGUUCUCUGGUGCUAUGGAUGUAAAUUUAUUACACCGGUUUUGAUUAUUGUUCUCGGAUUUUGUACAUUUAUGGCGCAUCCUGUUGAAAUAGUGGACAUUGACGAAGACAAGCUUCACAUUCAUUUAGAAGUUGCUCGCAUUUUCUCCCUUUUGGGAAUAAUUUUACACUUUGUGAUAAUAUCCGCCUCAUUUGUACAUCGUGAUCACUCCAUCUGGCGGAAGAACCCAUUUAAAAAUCGUAUCUGGACUUUAAGUAUUUUAUCAGUUAUCAUAUUGCACGUGGUUAUUUGUGUCCUUCAAUUGUUUGCACAUGGCAAUCUCCUCGAUGAGGUUAAAGCUGUUUGGUCAGUUAUUGUAUUUACAUGUGCUAGUUGUUUGCUAAGUUUUGCUGUGACAGAAAUAUGCAAGUGGCAAGAAAUUAAAGUCAACACAAGAUAUCAACGAAGAGCAAGAUUAGAUUUUGGAACUAAGCUUGGAAUGAAUUCUCCAUUUUAAAAAGAAA